AUGAGAGCUUUGGCUUGGAACUAUCGUGGUCUCGGGAAUGCAGCGACAGUUCGACAACUGAAGGAGUUAAUCCGGAAGUCGAAUCCCAAGUUACUAAUCCUCUCUGAAGCUAGGCUUUCACAAGAUAAGUUCAAUUGCCUCAUGAAUAAACUUCAUUUCCCUGGGAUAUGCUAUGUCCCGCCUCUUGGUACGGCAGGUGGAUUUUCUCUCUGUUGGCGGUUAGGAGUGGAUUGGACAAUUCAGAAUGCGGAUAAAAAUAUGAUCACUGGAAUUAUCGCCUCUGAUCCUAUUGACCGUCCCUGGAUGAUUGUUAGAACCUAUGGGCCUCUGGCUUAUGGGGAAAAGGAAGCUUUUUGGAAGAAUGUGGGGGAUUUCAUUGAUCAGUGCAACCUCCCUAUAAUCCUUAUGGGUGAUCUUAAUGGAACUCUAAAAGAUAGGGAAUGCCUGAACUAUGUAAAUUCUUCUAGCUCAACACGCUACUCUUUUGAUUUGAGACGAAUGGUCCAUCGCACUGGACUAAUUGAUUUGGGCUAUCUUGGGGUCACAUACACUUGGUUUAAGAAAAGUGUCGACCCUUCGGGGGGAUCUUCUCUCAAGAGAGCGCGGCUUGAUCGUGCACUGGCUUCAACGGAUUGGAGAAUAGCGUGGCCGAAUGCAAUCUUAUCGCACCUUACAGCCGCCUUUUCAGACCAUAACCCCAUUCUCUUGGAUACUCUAGGAGGAAAACAAUGCACAAAGCCCCAGUUCAAAUACAAAAUGAUGUGGGAAAGAGACCAUCUCUUGCUCUGGGUGGUUAAAAGAGCAUGGUUAGUGUGA